AUGCAGGACGGGAAGGGGAAGCGCAAGGCGUCGGACGAGCCGCCGUCGCCGACCAUAUCUAAGCGCGUUAAGCACGACGACUCUGCUGAGCCCGAGAGCAAGCCUGCGAAGACGCCGGCAAUCCCAUUCCCGGAAAAGCCUGCGGUUAUCGAAGAGCGCAAUGGAGAGAUCGAAUUCCGAGUGGUCAACAACGACAACGACCAUGACAGCUAUAUUAUCCUCACCGGCCUUAAGUGCAUUUUCCAGAAACAACUACCGAAGAUGCCGAAGGAUUACAUAGCCCGCCUGGUGUACGAUCGUACCCACUUGUCCAUCGCCAUCGUGAAGAAGCCGCUCGAGGUGGUUGGCGGCAUCACAUACCGGCCGUUCAAGGGGCGCCAGUUUGCCGAGAUCGUCUUUUGCGCCAUAUCGUCCGACCAGCAGGUCAAAGGCUACGGCGCGCAUCUCAUGUCUCAUCUCAAAGACUACGUCAAGGCGACCUCAGACGUCAUGCAUUUCUUGACAUACGCAGAUAACUACGCGAUUGGCUACUUUAAGAAGCAGGGCUUUACUAAGGAGAUCACCCUCGACAAGUCGGUCUGGAUGGGCUAUAUCAAGGACUACGAAGGCGGCACCAUAAUGCAGUGCACCAUGCUCCCGCGCAUCCGCUACCUCGAAAUGGGCCGCAUGCUGCUCAAGCAGAAAGAAUGCGUCCAGGCCAAGAUCCGGGCCUUCUCCCGCUCCCACAUCGUCCACCAGCCCCCAAAACAGUGGCAAAAGAACGGCGUCGCCCCGAUCGACCCGCUCUCCAUCGAAGCGAUCCGCGCCUCGGGCUGGUCGCCCGACAUGGACGAACUCGCCCGCCAGCCGCGGCACGGGCCCAACUACAACCAACUCCUGCACCUGCUCAACGACCUGCAGAACCACCCGUCGAGCUGGCCGUUCCUCACGCCCGUCAACAAGGACGAGGUGCUCGACUACUACGAGGUGAUCAAGGAGCCGAUGGACCUCUCCACCAUGGAGACCAAGCUCGAGGCGGACCAGUACAACACGCCCGAGGACUUCAUCCGCGACGCCAAGCUCAUCUUCGACAACUGCCGCAAGUACAACAACGAGACGACCCCCUACGCCAAGUCGGCCAACAAGCUCGAGAAGUUCAUGUGGCAGCAGAUCCGCGCCAUCCCGGAGUGGUCGCACCUCGAGAACUCUUAG